AUUACCGCCGCAACGCAGCGCAAGAAACAACGAACUCAUUUCUAGAGGCGAAAGAGCAAAACCCUUCAGAAACCCAUCGGAGAAGAGGCGGAGGGCGAUCGGAGAGCGGGAUCAUGGCGGGGCCAGUUGCGGCGGUGACGGAGGCGUGGGACAAGCUCACCGUGUUCCUGUACUCCCAGCUCUACGACGAGAGGAACUGGGCCAAAAACAAGAAGUUGGCGAAGGCUCUUGGUGUGUUCGCUGGAUCCAUCCUGUUCAUGCGCACCUGUGGUGAUAUGGUGGCCAUCUAGGGAGCCUUCAAAAGUUGCCUACCGUGAACUAGAGACACCCCCUUUUUUGUUGGCAUUGGAUGUGUUCUUACUUCGGUCAGGGACAGUUGAAGCGUAUCUAGACUCUAGAGACUGUUUGUCUUGCUAGAAUCGCAACCAAAAGUAUUGGUCCAAGAUUAGUGCAAUGGUGAAAUUAUUUCACCCAAGCGCACGAGUUGCAGUUUUUUUUUUUCCUGGAACCAUUUGAAUUCUGGACAGUGGAAUGGUACUCCCUUCUUUGGCUUC